CAGAAACUGAAAGAAAGAAAAGUGCUCCGUGUUGUACACUUUCCUCACCUGUGUUGUAAACUUUCCUCCAUAUUUUAAAGAAUCCUUCAGACCAGACAUGACCUCUGCCACAAACCUAAUGACUGAGGAAAAUUUUCUUUGUUCCAUCUGUCUGAGCAUGUUCACUAAACCUGUGUCCAUUCCCUGUGGCCACAACUUCUGUCUUCAGUGUAUCACAGACUACUGGAGCACUCUCGAUACCAUAUUCCAAUGUCCACUUUGCAAUGAGAAGUUUUACAACAAACCAAUGCUUCGAGUUAACACUUUCAUUGCUGAGAUGGCAGCACAGUUCAAGACCUCUGCUCAGAAAACGUCUCAUAGUGACUCUGAACAAGCAGAAAAUGUGCUCUGCGCUCUCUGCACAGGGGCAAAUAAGCUCCCAGCCCUCAAGUCCUGCUUGGUGUGUCUUAUGUCCUUCUGCCAAACACAUCUGGAACGACAUAUGAAUGUUGCAGCCUUGAAGAAACACAAGCUGAUCGACCCAGUUGCAAACCUGGAGAGCAGGUUAUGCAAGAAACACGGUGAACCUCUGGAGCUGUUUUGCAGUGAGGAUCGAAAGUUUCUGUGUGAAUCCUGUAAAGACAGUGAUCAUAAAACACAUAAGAUAGUGGCUCUAGAGGAGGAGGCUCAAAUGAGGAAAACUCAGCUGGGAUUGGAAAAGAAAGACAUGGGUCAGCUGAUCCAGGUGCGUCAGAAGAAAAUUCUUGAGAUUCAACACUCACUGCAGGCAAGCAGAAAUACUGCAGGUAAAGCAUUGUCAUGCAGCAGGCAUGUUAUGACUACUAUGGUGGACUACAUGAGGAGAACCCAAGCUGAACUGACUGAGAUAAUUGAGACGAGGCAGAAAAAAAAUGAAGAAGAAGCAGAAGGCCUCAUUAAUGAACUGGAGGGAGAAAUUAUGCAAAUAAAGCAGAAAGAUCUGCAGCAUAAUGAUAUUUCACUCAUCGAUGACCCCUUCAAAUUCCUCGAGACUUUCUUUUCUCGUACCAUCAUUUCACCCAAGGUGAAGGACUGGUCUGAUGUGACUCCAAACAGUGAGCAAUUUCCAACUGAGGCCGCCUUGGAUCAACUGGAGGCAACAAUCACAAGAGAAAUAAGCAUGCUGUGUGAUCCCAACUUUAAACAGAUGCAGCGGCAUGCUGUGGAUGUGACCCUGGAUCCUGACACAGCAAACCCCAGUCUCAACGUUUCUAAAGACGGGAAGCAAGUCACACAUGUCAACCAAAAGAGGUACGUCCUGAGCAAACCAGAGAGGUUUGAUGAAGUCCUGAACGUCCUGGCCAAGGAAGGCUUCUCCUCAGGAAAAUGUUACUACGAGGUCCAGGUAAAAGACAAAACACAGUGGGAUCUGGGUGUUGCACACGAAUCCAUUAACAGGAAGGGGGAUAUAAGGCUGAGUCCGAAGAACGGAUACUGGACUAUCUGGUUGAGAAAAGGAAACGAGCUCACAGCCAACGCAGGCCCUGCCAUUAACCUCCAAAGGAGGGAGAUGCUUCAAAAGGUUGGGGUGUUUGUGGAUUAUGAGGAGGGUCAGGUGUGCUUUUAUGACGUGGAUGCCAGAGCCCGAAUAUUCUCCUUCACUGGAUGUCACUUCACUGAGAAGCUCUUUCCGUUCUUCAGCCCCUGUACUAAUGAUGGAGGUAAAAAUGCAGCCCCCUUGAUCAUCACUCCUGUCAAACACACCAGCUAAAAAUUCUGAGAGUUUGUGAAAGAUAUUGGGGGAGGGAGCUGGUGAGAAUCCCCAUGCAGCCACCAGGACUUUCACACACACACAUAUACACACACCUCUGUGGGAUUAUGAUACAGCUAUAUAUUUUCGUGGUUUGAAAAAGAUUUGUAAGAGCUGGCCAUUAAUUUUAACGCUUGCUACAAAGCUGCUUUUUCCUGCCAGUGUGGCCAUAGCUGCUGUAUUCACAAAUACUCCAAGGCAUUUGUUUAUUGCUGUUUGGACUUUUGCGAUACGAAGACUGUAUACUUAUGGCGUGAUGGAUGGGCUUGAUUGUUCUAGCAGGAUUAAAUAGCUAUUACUGUUUUCGGCAAAGAUUCGCUUAAUCAGCACUCAGGUAUAAUGACUGAAUAACAGCAUCCUGAGUCAGUUAAAAUAAAUUGAAGGACUCCUAUUCUUCUAAUGUAGCUGCAGAUAAGAAUUAUUUUCUCCACAAAUUAAUGUUAUUUAGUUAAAAGGGAAAUUGCUGAAUGGAUCUGUCACAAAGUUGGAGCCUGACCGGCACAUAAUGCCGUGUCCUCUAAUAAAAAUUCGACAAACUUGCAAGGUGCAGGCUUUCUACGUUCAAAUGCAGCAAAUCUGUUAGAGAGAAUCAAGCAACCAUUUAUUAGCAUAGUCAAAUAGGGUCUCAUUGUUUUCUUUUUUCUUUGUUUAGAGUUAUAUGUCUUGUAGUUAUGAUGCCAGUCUAUUGGGUAUGCGUUUUCUGUAUUAGCUUGUAUAUUUUCUAUAAUUUAGACAUUUAAUGUCUGAUGAGGUAUAGGAGACGGACAGAGCUUGUCAAAAUUUGAAUUAUUAAAAGAAGAGGAAACCCUUGUACUGUCAGUAUUAAUUGAUGACCAUCGAUUAAAAAAUGUUAUUUUACCUUUAUGUUUUAAAGAUUUUGCAUUAUUUACAUGAAAAUUCUCAAGUGUUUGGAAACUAAAACUAUAAUGGAAAGUUAAUCCACAGCCAAUUUUUAAAGUUAGAUUUGAUUUUCAGACUGUUAGUGGAAUGAAAAAUGUAAUUAUUAAAAAUGUCACUCAGAAACAGGAUUUGCAUUAUCUCUUUUAUUUGACUUGCUGUUUUUUCGUAAUGAAUUAAUGUACCGUAUGUGUGUUGGAUAGAAAGAAAAUUGAAGUGAAAAGUAAACACAGUGGUAUGUGUAUUUAUCUUAAUUUCUUCAUCUGGUCACACCUUCAAAAACAUUCAACGCAAACUGAGAAAUCCUGCCAACAGAUAGCGAAUGCUGAAUUAUUUCAAUAUGCAAUUAAAGCGCAUCCGUCACUUUGCAAAAUGUAAACACAAAUUAGAGACUCUCUUGACAGCCUGAGAUUCCCACAACAUGCACUUAGCAGUUUUGUAGCCGCCACUGUGAAAGUAAUCUAUCAAGAUUCUCCCCCAGUGUGAUUUAAAAAACAAAACUAAUGUUAACUUUGCCUGUCAUGAGCAGUGGAAUGAGAUUUUAAUAAUGCAACAUAGACACUUACAUGCAAUGACUUAAAUGACAGCAUGUUAUUUCCAAACAGUAAAUAUGGUGUUGCAUGAAGAGAAAUUUUGGAUCAAUGUCAGUUUGGUUUUUCAGCUAAUGGACAAUAUAUUUCCUGAAGAAAAAGGGGCUUUACUAACACUGUAAAACAAAACAAAAAAUCUGAAAUGGACUAAAAUUAACAACAAUUUACUUAAAGUAUCAAAAGUACUCAUUGUGUGACAGAACUGUUUUUCUCUGUAUUAACUACUUCAUUGUGGUUUCAUCUAUAAACAAUGCAUCAUAUUUUACAAACUGGUGAUGUGUUUUGUGUAGAAAAUCUCUACGACAUCUGUGAAGAAGAAGAAGAGGAGUAUAAAACUAAGACACUCAAGUAACAUAUAAUUGUAUUCAAGAAUAGCACUUGCACAAACAUACACAGUUAUAUUCCAGCACUUUAUGGCCAUAGUGGUCAUCAAUAAAAUCUGGUACAAGAUCUGUCAUUAUUAAUAGGUUGUUACUCUAUGAUGUUACUGGUCUGGCCCACCUGACAUUAAAAAGGGCUACAUGUGGCCCCUGAACUACAAUGAGUUUGACACCACUGCUCUAAAUGAUUAGAAAAUGUUUGUAGAAACAACAAAAAAAAGCCUUAGUCACCUGUGUUUUCUUACAUACACUACCGUUGAAAAGCUUGGGGUCACCCAGGCAAUUUCAUGUUUUCCAUGACAACUCACACUUGUAUUUAUGUGCUAACAUAACUGCACAAGGGUUUUCUAAUCAUCAAUUAGUCUUUCAACACCAUUAGCUAACAAAAUGUAGCAUUAGAACACAGGAGUGAUGGUUGCUGGAAAUGUUCCUCUGUACCUCUAUGUAGAUAUUCCAUUAAAAAUCAGCCGUUUCCAGCUAGAACAGUCAUUUACCACAUUAACAAUGUCUAGACUGUAUUUCUGAUUCAUUUAAUGUAAUCUUCAUUGAAAAAAACCACCUUUCUUUCAAAAAUAAGGACAUUUCUAAGUGACCCCACACUUUUCAACAUGGUGGUGGUGGUAGUGUACAUUGGACAGCCACAACAACAAAACCACUGACUAGUCCAGAGAAUGACAUUUUUCAUGUCAUUACAUUACAGGUUAAUGUGCUUUAGACUGCAUUAUCUGUUUUUGAAUAUGUUUUAUUCUCUACAAGGCAUGACAUAUUCAAUUAUAAAAGGUGCUUGACCCUGUUUUCAACAAGAACAGUCUUCUGUGAGGUUUCUGCCAGGCAACAUUUUAAAAUUAAAAGCAUCAUCGCAGACAGUAACGCUGCCAAUGCAAUAAGUCAGAUGUUGCUUUGUCGAGCUAACCAAUAAAACACAUUUACCUGCUA